CUUGUCUCCAGUGUGUUGCUCAAACAUUGACUGUGGAAAACGGGGAAUUACAGUCUAUAUUGUUUAAUUAAUAUAAACGGAGAGAUUCGGAAAAAAACAUUCAGAAAUGCAUAUAAACAUGAGCCGGCAUGUGAUCGUGUUGUUUUUGGCGGUAUUCGGGUGGCAUUUAAGUGAAAUUAAAUGCGACGAUGACUGCCCCACCAUAUACUCCAGAAGCGAUUGGAACGCCACCCCUCCGACGGACAGCAAACCACUCUCCAUCAUACCGCCCCCCUACGUGGUGGUUCACCACUCUGCAACCGCCUCCUGCAAAAACCACCAGGAUUGCAGAACUUUGGUGAAAUCCAUACAAAAUUACCACAUGCAAGACGAAGGCUGGUGCGAUAUCGGAUACAAUUUUUUGAUUGGAGGAGAUGGGGGUAUUUACGAGGGUAGAGGUUGGGGUAUACACGGGGCGCACGUGGUGAAAUACAACGCUAGGAGUAUAGGGAUUUGUUUGUUGGGGAAUUACCAAGUUGAACCUCCGCCGGAUAGGCAAGUGCAGGCGCUGCAGGAUUUGAUCAAAUGCGGUACUCAAACAGGCAAUAUACAGGGGAAGUAUCAUUUGAUAGGACACAGACAGGGAAGCGCCACUCUUUGUCCAGGCGAUUAUCUCUACAAAUUGGUGGAAAACAUGACGAACUUCGAUCCCGAUCCGCAAUGAAGAAACGAAUAAAACAAAUAUAUAUCUAUAUAGCGCGCGUCUCGCGAAAAUAUAAUCCAUUUCCCAUUUUUGCUCAUUUAUUAUUAGCGGAGCCGAGCGAAGAGCAUUUUUACAUUAGCGAGAAAGCCAAGCUGAAUAUGUAAUCAGUCCGCCCGGUUGAGUGAAGCCAAAAUCAAAAGAAGUGCCUAUUUAAAUAAACAUGAGAUGCUCCUCUCGAC